AAGAAACUUUCGACUACUGUUUCCUUGACUCGUUGUACAGCAGUUGAGACCUGCGGAUCCCUUUAGACUCUCGAGCAAAAUAGAUAGACUAUUGUUCACGAACAUUGACACACUUGUUAAUUUUUUCCCGUAUUUAGUCAAUUUCUUCACAAGGUUUAGUAAGCGACGUCUGAACGUGCCCAGAAGAUAGAAGCCACAGUUUACGCCUCUUUGGUUUCACGUUAUUUUCUUUCACGGAAAUCGCUCGUGUUCGCUGGAGUAAUUAAAGUUCAAGUGAUAGUGAUCGAAGGAGAAGUUCGGCAUCUUGCGCGAAUUUUGUUCUUUGUUCAAGAAGAUAUCAUGGCAGAGGCCGUUGCUAGUCAGCCAAGCUUGGCGGCCAACAAUCAACAUGCUCUUUCGCCGAUGAGACCGGCCAAUCCUCAGCCAUUGCUUGCAAAGCAGGAAAACAACUCUGACAAUUUCUGGAAGUCUCAGUUGAAGAUUCCCCCCAAGGAUAGGAGAAAACAAACUAGUGAUGUCACCAAUACCAAGGGAACAAGUUUUGAAGAUUUCUGUCUUAAACGUGAGCUGUUGAUGGGCAUCUUUGAAAAGGGAUGGGAAACUCCCUCGCCCAUCCAAGAAGUUGGAAUUCCUAUGGCUUUGACUGGGCGUAACAUCCUGGCUCGUGCCAAGAAUGGAACUGGAAAAACGGGUGCUUAUUGUAUACCAGUUUUGGAACAAGUGGUUCCCUCUGAGCAGCACAUUCAAGCUUUGAUUGUUGUGCCAACACGUGAACUGGCUUUGCAAACGAGCCAAAUCUGCAUUGAACUUGCUAAACAUUUGGACAUUCGCAUUAUGGUGACUACUGGAGGUACUGACCUGAAGGAUGACAUUAUGAGGAUUUUUGGAAAAGUGCAUGUUGUAAUUGCUACUCCUGGUCGAGUCUUGGAUCUGAUGGAAAAGAAAAUUGCCGUGAUGGACCGCUGCAAGGUCCUUGUUUUGGAUGAGGCUGAUAAAUUGCUUUCGCAAGACUUCAUGGGUAUGUUAGAUCGUAUAAUUUCGUUCCUCCCAAGCAAGCGGCAGAUAUUGUUGUAUUCGGCGACGUUUCCUGUAACUGUCGAGGAGUUUAUGAGGAAACAUAUUGAUAAUCCUUACGAGAUUAAUUUAAUGGAAGAACUAACGCUGAAAGGUGUGACACAAUAUUACGCGUUCGUCCAAGAACGACAGAAGGUCCACUGCCUCAAUACGCUCUUUUCCAAACUGCAGAUCAAUCAAAGUAUUAUCUUCUGCAACUCUACUCAACGUGUGGAAUUAUUGGCGAAAAAAAUCACUGAACUGGGAUAUUCGUGCUAUUAUAUACAUGCUCGUAUGCAACAGGCUCACCGAAAUCGAGUCUUCCAUGAUUUCCGUAAUGGGCUCUGCCGCAACCUCGUAUGCUCUGACCUGUUCACUCGCGGUAUCGACAUUCAGGCUGUGAACGUGGUCAUCAAUUUUGAUUUCCCCAAGAUGGCCGAGACGUACCUGCAUCGAAUUGGUCGCUCUGGUCGAUUUGGACAUUUGGGUAUUGCCAUUAAUCUGAUUACCUACGAGGAUCGAUUUGCCCUGCAUCGCAUUGAGAGUGAAUUAAGCACCGAGAUCAAGCCCAUUCCCAAGGUAAUUGACAAGUCUCUUUACGUGGCUGAGUUCCAAGAAGAUUCUGAUGAACAAUCGGGAAAAUAAAAUAGGAAGAACGUCUUCGAAAAACGCGCGUUAGGGUUAUAAGAGCAUCAAAAAGAAAAAAAAAAGUUGAGGAAGUGAAUCUUGUAAGUGAAAUUAACUGAAGGGUCGUUCACUGGGACCAAUGCAUUUGAGAUCAGAAAAGAAAGGCACUCGUUAGCAAUUGCGUGUAGUUGCAUGAGAAAAAAAAACAUUGUACAAGAAUUAGAAUACUUUCCACGUGCGCCAUCGAAGACUGUUGUAAAUAUGUAAAUUACCGCGGUGGUGAAGAAACCGAUUUUUUCAGUUUAGGAGGAAAAUUUGUUUUUGUUUUUUGGGUAAAAUGUUUUGCGUGAAUGGAAUGAGUGAUUGUUGAGGCUAAUUACGUUAGGGCGGUUGGUUUCGAUAAAGUUUGAAUUCCUAAAGGAAUCUAGGUAUGAUGGAUUUGAGAGCGUCAGUUUGGUAUACUUUGCACUGCUUUUGGAAUGGAAGGAUCUCGCUCCCAAAAGCAGUCCAUUGAUGAUGUUACAAUGGCACUCCAAGUGGAAUGUACCAGCGAUGUAGGUGACCGCCCUCUACAUUUUAUAUAUAUCUAGCCGACCUACUACCUGAAUGUGAUUUGUAUAUUUGUUAUGUGUUGUACCAAAAUUCCCGUCGAACUGUGUUUGGUUGGGACUUUUUGUACUCCCCUGAAAACCGAAUGUGACUUUACGCCCGCCGUUAGGCAGCAGCUUUAUAUCCCGAACGCGACAGUUUGUUGAUUGAACACAACCGAACGUGACCUGAUGUAACGAGCGAGAUCUCAAGUGUUGUCAUGCACUUCUUCCCUCCUGUAUACCCCUCAGAAGUCGACUUUCAAAA